CCUUGCGUUUCAGGCGGCAGCAGCGGGUCUGAGCUAUGUUGGGGCGUACGUCAUUAACACCUACAAGAGCUAUGACAACUUCCUGCAGGACAAGUACGCCGUGCUGCCCGCCGUGAUCAUCAUCUGCGUGGCUGUGGUGAUGUUCGUCAUUGGGCUCAUCGGCUGCUGCGCCACGUUCCGGGAGUCUCGAGUUGGUCUGGGGCUGUUCUUGGCCAUUAUCCUGGUUAUCUUUAUUGCAGAGGUAUCCGCUUUUGUCCUGGGAUUUGUUUACAGGGAAAAGGUAAAAACUGACGUGCAGGGCACGAUGCGCUCGGUCUUUGAGCAGUAUGAUGGGAAAAACCCAGAGUCUACAGUUGUGGAUUACUUGCAGGAACAGCUUCACUGCUGUGGGGUGAAGAACUACAGUGACUGGACGACCACACAGUGGUUUAAUUCCACUGGGAACAACAGUGUCCCUCUGAGCUGCUGCCAGCAGGAUGUGAAGAACUGCACAGGGCAUCUGGAUCAGCCACAGGAGCUCAACACUCGGGGCUGUGCAGAGGAGCUGGAGUCUGGGCUGCAGAGCGUUAUCAGCUAUGCCAUGCUCGUGAUCCUGGGGUUCGCCAUUGUAAAGUUCUUUGGCAUGCUGAGUGUCUGUGUGCUGACUUGCAAGAAAGAAGAAAGUGGAUACCAGCCUCUUUACUCGGGGGUGUUUGCUUAAUAAAAGGCAAAGAUCAAUUUUUCUUUUGCUUCCUGAUGACAAAAUAGACUCGUGACCAUACCACAGCUUGGAUUUGUGACUUCAGAUAGCACCAGAUGGUGUUACAGACUCCAGAAAGAAACGUACUUCUGCCCUUCUUCCCUCUGCCCUGAAAACAGAAACGUGCAGCAGAAACUUUACAUUUUAAUCACUAGACUGAUGGAGACUGCAGGAGGGGUUUCAGUUAUCUGCACAAACCUCAGAUCAUUCCCCUGGCGAGGUUUAAACAGCAAAAGAAACUUUAGAAUGCCAGGCUUAAAUAUGCUUCAUAGACAUGGGGAUUUGUAAUAUGUUUUCUCUAUAUCUGUACAGUUGUGCAGUUUGUUUUUAUUUUUUUUUCCCCUCUUUCUUACGGUCAUUUGUUGUAAUGCUGUUUACUGCAGAGGCUGUUAGUGCAAAACAACCCUGUGUUUAAAGUCUAGAACAGACAUUUGGGUUGUUUUUUGAAGCAGCUAUCAAAUGUGAACAACCCCAGGUUAGGAGGGGAUGUGUGUUUUGAGCUUCUGGGCUCAGAACAUCUCUGUUUGCCUUAUUUUUUAUCUAUUUCUUAGUUAUUGACAUUAAAAAAAAUUUUUACCUCCUUUUACUGAUGCUGUUAUGGUUUGCCUACACAAAGACAGACUGUGUCAGUCCAUUUAAUGUGGGAGUUGUCAGAGUUAGGGGAUGAAUCCAGCAUGGAAGAUGGGAGUCACAGGACAUGUUGUCUCCACGUGGUUGUGUAGAUGGGACCGCUGGAGGGGUUAGUGCUGCUUUCACUGUCCCAUGGAAGCUUUGACCACCUUUCUCCACUAGAAAAUGUUUAAAAGAUGCAUUAUUUUACAGAGCAGUUUCAAUAACCUGCUGUAGCUCUGCAUUCGCACAUUUUCCUUUUUCCUUAAUUCCACUGGAUGCGGUCACUGUGUGGAUUUAACAUGGUCCUUGCUUUAGUUCUUUAACUUGUUUCUACGUUAAUCUGUUUAUCAGCUCUUAAGGAUUUGGGGAGGGCGGGAACUAUCAUCUGUUCUGUAUCAGGGAAUUGUGGAAAAGCAACACAAUUUUUGCCUUUUUUUUUUUCCCCUUGGAGAGAUAAGCAGCCUGUCCUUACCAAUAAACCUUUAUAUUUGUAGCUAAUUAGAAAAAAUUAGUUCGGGGUAAGUCUAAACUGUUAUCUCCAUCCCUACCCCGAGAAAGAAAAAAAGCAACGGGUGACGUUGUUCUAUGGGAAACAGACCAUGUAUAUGUUGAAAACUGACUUAAUUGUUAUUGAGGGCUCUCUCUUCUGUUGAAUGCCGAAAUAAACUGAAUUUGUGUAAUCAAGUAAAAAA